AACAUCCAUCACUUACUCUUGUCUCCUUCCCACAAACUCUCAACACUGCCGCACCUUCCAACUCCUCAAAGCUAUCAGCAUAAUAUGGCAUUCUCGCCUUCCGAUGAUGAGCUCCCUACCUACGAGACCGUCGUAGGCACCCCGGCCACAGCCACAUCCCGACUCGGAGAAGCCACCGGUGAUGUCGAGGCGGGUGAACACGAGGCAUCGACAACCGAAUGCUCGCUCUUCAUUAAAUACGGCGAGGGAUGGGCCACCUUGUCGUUUGAGAUGGUGCCUGACCCAGGGAUUGAUGCGAGAGGGUUUUUCUGGUCAGCCGACAACGUCGUCCCUGAAUUCGGCCACAUGUUCAAUUCGGUCACUCCUCGCUGGGCUGCCGGCGGAUACGGUCAUGCUCGCCAAUGGACCCUGGUCGACAAAACAUGCACCCCGGAUGGGACUCCCCGGUGGGUUGGCCGUCUCGAAGUCAUGGCCGCGUCGAUCGGGCUCCUGUCGAGCUUCCGCCCACAGGACCUGUCAACAGAGCAUGUGCUGUCUACCCACGCCUGGAACAAGGAAAAGCAGUUGGUGUACUGCUAUCUAUACCAUGUCCCGGACCAAACAUAUAACUGCAUUUACGACAACAAGCCCCUGUAUGGGUGGUGGCCAUGGCCAAAGAAGGGUGACCAUCAAGGGCGCAUGAAGAAAGUAGCGGUGGAGGAACACAGCAGACAGCGGAAACAGAAACGCGACAGGACCGGCCGUGCCAAAGCUGUACGCCUCUGCCACGGCCAGGUCUUGACGGCUGUGGCCGGGAAGGUGCGCCACCACAACACAAUGCACCACAAUGUGGUCCUCGACUUGAUCGAGACGGUGCUGCUGCGGUCCAAGGGCAAAAAAGCGCCGCGCUGGCUGGUCCGCCCAUGUGUCGACGGUGUGCUCGUCUUCCUCAACCUGGCCCGGCAGAUCACAGACCAGCCGGUAUAUGCCUUGCGUGCACGGGGAUUCGGAAUGGCGGUGACCUACCUCGCGGCCAUGAAACGCGCGCAGCCUGCCGGGCCCAUACAUGUUACGCCAUCGCCGGUUACCCCAGUCAGGGCAACCAUGAAGAGACCGUCAAGCAUAUGUCCGGCUUCGAGGCGACACUCUCGCCGCCCUAUUCUUCAAGGCACUCGAGCCAGCAGCUUCAGCCGCAUCUACGCCCACUCGUGACAACCUAGGGCGACGACACAGUUUGGAGGGUGUGGUGGCGCUGCUUGCGGGGAAAGGCCCACGUCUGGUACAACGACAAGCUCGUCGCAGACGACCGGACUCUCCUAUAGAUAACAGCUUCUGGUAGUCAACCUCAUAUGCGAUACGCCGAGGAGCAUGUUCAGGGCGUGAUUGCUUGAUAUCCGACUAGACAUCCCUGGUCCGUAG